AUGUCUAUCGAGGACUUUGAAGGACAGAUGCUGUGGCUGCUCUUCCUGACCCUCCCCUGCGUGGGGGACUCCAUGCCUGUGUCCUCUGACCCCAGCCCAGGUACUGAGCUGGUGGGCAUCGUGGGAGGGCGUAAUGCCCCUCCUGGAAAGUGGCCGUGGCAGGUGAGCCUGUGGAUCUUGCUCGGAAGAGAUAACGAGUGGCAGUUUGUGUGUGGGGGCUCGCUCAUCCACCCCCAGUGGGUGCUGACCGCUGCCCACUGCAUUCCAGGGAAAUACCCAGUGCCUCAGCACUUCAGGGUCCAAGUGGGACAAGUGAGACUCUCAGACAGUGAAAAAGUGGAAGUGGCUAUGGUCAUCCGCCACCCCAAGUACAACCUCACACAGAAGGGAGUCGGUGGCGCUGACGUGGCGCUUCUCAAGCUGAAGGCCCCCGUGAAACAGUCUAACCUGGUCAAUUGGGUCACCCUCCCACCAGAAAGGCUCACGGUCCCCUCGGGCACCAGGUGCUGGGUGACAGGCUGGGGUAACAUUGCUGUCAAUGUGUCCCUGCCCCCACCCCACCACCUGCAGGAGGUGGAGGUCCCCAUCGUGGCCAAUGAGAUCUGUAGGCAGCAAUACCAGCAGAUCAAGGACGACAUGCUGUGUGCAGGGAGCAACGGCCGGGACUCCUGCCAGGGUGACUCUGGAGGGCCCUUGGUGUGUAACUGGAGGGGCACCUGGUUGCAGGUUGGAGUGGUGAGUUGGGGGAAAGGCUGUGCCCAUCCCAACUUUCCUGGAGUCUAUGCCCGAGUGACAUCCUACUUGUCCUGGAUCCACCGCUAUGUCAACCUCUCUACUUGAGCCCAGGGCAGGGACAAGGAUGCUGCCCACAUGCGAUGAAGAUGGUCCCUCUAGGGCCUGCAGGGGACCCUCCCUGCUCCUUGCCCAAAACUAGCUUUUCACUGCACCUAGAACCCCCCUCUAGUCCCUGCUCUGAGUCCUUCUGCCUGUCCCCUCCUUCAGCAUCUGUCUCUCCCCUGACAGGUAAAAGGGAGAGGCCGGACUGCGGUUGGGGGUGGGAGGCAGCAUUCCAGGUCUCCUGCUCACUCUGUAGCUCAUUAAACUGCAUCAAAACCAGGC